CAGCAGCAGCCCCUUUGUGUCUGCCUUUCCUUACACAUCCCAUGAUUCCCUCCUCCCUGUAGUAAGUCUAUGCCUGGCCCUCUCUCUCUCUCCCAGUGCCCUGCCUCCUCCUCCCCCGCAUGUCUGCUCGUACAGUCUGGCUCUCCCCCCUUCCUACAGGCUGAGUGGCGCAGCCCCGAGUCUCCCCCUUUCUCUCCUCCGAGUGUCCGGUGCCCCCCGCUCCUCACUCCCUACUCCCAGUUAGUGCCGGGCUGUUGCUGCUACUGGCGGUCCCUACUCUGCUGCUGUCGGAGCCUCGGGGGUAGAAGCGCGCCCAGCGGCGGCGACUGUGAGUAGGAGCAGACGCGGCAGAUUUCUGUUUAAAAAGAGAAACUUUACGAAUAGAAACUGGCCAAAUUCAAUAGGAGGAAGCCGCUGCCGCUGGUCAAUCCUCCACUGAGGACUUACAUUGACAUAUCGGGAGCUUACAAAAAGAUCAUUGUUCAGCCUUCAAUUAUGAAGCAAUUGAAAAGAAAGAGAAAAAGCAAUUUUAGUGUUCAAGAAACGCAAACGUUGCUGAAGGAAAUUAAGAAACGGAGAGAUAUAAUUUUCUCAAAGCAACUGAACACGACCAUUAACGAGAUGAAGCGCAAAGCGUGGGAAGAAAUCGCUGAGUGUGUGAACGCCCUUGGAGAAGGGGAGCAAAGAACAGGAACAGAAGUAAAAAGAAGGUACCUGGACUGGAGAGCCCUAGUGAAAAGAAAGCGUCUCAACGCAGACCUCAAACUAGGAGGUUCUACCUUUCACUUGCCCUUGUCAGAUUUAGAUGACUCGAUAAAUGAUGAUACCGAUGACAAACCGAGCGUGUUAACAAGUGAAUCGAGCUUGGAGUGGAAAAAUGUGACCGAUGUGCGAGAAGCAAGUGAAUCCAUGAAUGAAAUUAAAGAAGAAGAAGAAGAAGACCCACAGAGUUUUGAGGUUGUAGAAUCUAUGACACCAACGCAGAAGUACCAACAUGCCAGCAACGUAGAUUCUACAUAUCUGGGUUAUAUUGAGGGUCCGAGUUGGAAGAAACGAGUGUCUCAUCCCUGCCUGGGGAUUCAACUCAAUGCCCGGCAAAAUAGAAUUCUGUAUAACAAGACCCCUAGUGACGAACAGUUUGAGAUUGAAGAAGAAGAAGAAGAAGAUGAAAUGUUAUCUACCGUUCUUCCUGACUCCAGAGAAGAGAAUGAACUUCCUGAAGAAUUUCCUAGAAUUGAGGAGUUCGGCACCUUGAGCUCCAUAGCACGAAUACCUUACAAAGAUUCCCAUCUGCUCGUAACCUUAGAGAAGCAGAAACUGGAGCUAGAGCGGCAGCGUUUAAGUAUCGAAGCAGAGCGUCUUCAAGUAGAAAAAGAGAGACUGCAAAUUGAAAGAGAAAGGUUACGGCACUUAGAUAUGGAACACGAAAGGCUGCAGCUGGAAAAAGAGAGACUGCAAAUCGAAAGAGAAAAACUGCGACUCCAGGUUAUGCAUGUGGAGAAACCAAAUCUAGAGAAUGAUUUUGCUCAGCCGGAAAAGACUGUUUUGCAACCACUGGACAUAGAAGCAGAAAAAUUAAAGCUGGAACGGGAGCAUUUGCAGUUGGAGAAAGAGAGGCUGCAACUUCUGAAAUUCGAAUUUGAGAAGCUUCACAUAGAAAAGGAGCGCUUGCAGGUAGAGAAAGAACGUCUUCGAAUUCAAAGAGAGGGUCAUCUGCAGUAAAGUAGACACACAGCUAUAUAAUGUUUAGCUUUCUAGUGAAACAGCUUUAGCUUUGUGUCUGUUCCUCUGUCUGUAGAUCUUGCUCUUCUACUGACCAGCAGGACCACCCUCUGGUGUGUUCCUUGUCUGUUCUCAGCAGAAGGCUUGACAACAUUCAGCCAAAUGGUGAUUCUGAAUUCUUCAAUGUGCCUGCAUUAAUUAGCGGUUUGUGAGACUGUUAGAAUUUAGACUGUUUUGCAUCCCACACAGGUAUUUUUAGUGCUAGAGGAACCAAUGUUUUAAGAAAGACUUUGUAACGGCCCUGUGUAGGGCCUUGCUUCUCUGUAUCAGUGUUCCAUCUGUUUUAACUUGAACUCAUUUUUGUAGGACUCCCUUCACUUGGCCUUCACUCACUGCACAGCGAGCUGCGUAGCUUGUGACCUACGGGACUCCAAAAUCCAUAGUGAGACAACUUUUGAUGGGAUAAAAGAGAAAACGAGUACGUUAGUGCCAGGUUCUUAAGAACGCUUUCUUCUUACUGUCUUUGCUUUCAAACUGCAUCACUGAACAAAGUGUUGUUAAUCUGUAAAGUAUUUUUAUAUCAAUGUUCAUAUUUCCUUUUUAUGUUUAGUAAAACAUUUUAAAAACGA